UUUUCACGCCAAAAAAAGGGAGGGAUGAAAAUUUUAGGUCGUUUUGGCCACGGAGCAUUCAGGCCUGUCCAGGGCGCGAGUGCGCCGCCGCCCUAGGACCCCCGCCCGCCGCCGCUGAGAUGUUGCUAUCGCUGGUGCGCGCGGGUAGCGCCCCUCUCCGCCGAGUCGUCUCCACGUUCUCCUCGACCCGAGCCGUAUCGCCUCGCUUUCGGUGCGCCAUCAGUAGCGGCGGUAACCUCAACCUCCCGUUGUACGCUCACCCCUCGCCGUCCCGCGACGGCUCGAGCGGUCCGGCUGGUGGAGCCCGGCGAGGAAUGAGCUUCUGCGCCCGCGCGGUGGACGUCGGGGACGAGGCAGCCUCCAGCUCCGCCGCCGUGGGCUCGGACCUCUCCGCACCUUACCUCUCCGUCCGCAUUCGAUGCCGCAGGCACGACGUGGAAGCACUGUCCGAGGCGCUCUUGUGCUUCGGUGCUAGCUCCGUGACCGUGGAUGACAUUGCCGAUGCUGAAAAUCUCGAUGAAAUCUCCAUAACUUCCUUAUAUGCCGAUGGGGAAGACGUGGACUCAAGCGUAUCAAGUGCCGCAAGCUCAGCUGGUUUGAACUACAGCCCAGUGUAUGAAACCUCUGUCGGGAAGCAGUGCGAUUGGGUGGCAAAUGUGCAGGAAACAUACGAGCCCACUGAAGUGGCUGAUGGCCUUUGGGUUGUUCCUAAAUGGAGAACUCCCCCUGAUCCAGAGGCCACAAACAUAAUCAUCGAUCCAGGUUUGGCUUUUGGGAUGGGGGAGCACCCAACAACUAAGCUGUGCCUUCUAUUUCUACGAGAAGUUAUUAAAGGCGGUGAACGUGUCUUGGAUUAUGGAACAGGCACAGGAGUAUUGGGGAUUGCAGCUCUGAAGAUGGGUGCUACUCAAUCAACUGGGAUAGAUAUUGACCCUCAAGCCAUAACCUCUGCUUCAGAAAACUUGUUGCUGAAUGGUUUACAUUCGAACCAAAUGCAUGUUUAUUUGGUACUAACAAAUGCUCAGCCUUCAUGCUUUCCGAGUGCCAUCAACAAAUCAGAAGACCACCACUCAACCAAUAACCUUGACUUGAAGUUCUCAAGAGGAACUUAUGAUGUAGUUGCAGCAAAUAUCCUUCUAAAUCCCUUGUUGGAGCUGGUUGAGGACAUAGUUGGUUAUGCAAAACCUGGUGGAAUAAUUGCUGUUUCUGGAAUAUUGGAGGAACAGGUGCCAAAAAUCAAAGAAGUUUACUCAAGGUAUUUGGACAGAAUAUUGGUAUCCGAAAUGGAUGGGUGGGCUUGUCUUCAGGGAAUCAGGAGAGUGUAGAGGAAUUAACGUUCAAGAAGGGUUUUGACCUUACAUGUUCUGACGAUUAAGAGGUUUUGCUCUAUAAAUAAGAAAUUUAACUUCUUGGCACUUCGUGACAAGAUUGCAUGAAUAUCAUAGAACAAAAUGUGUUGGACUACAAAGGGUGUCAAGUGUAUGUCUUUGCACCGCAUUAGAUAUUGUUUUUAGGAAUACAAUCUUCAUAGUGUGAUUAAAUAUGUCAGUUUUUUUAUCUUGUGACUCCCAGCUCCUGAAAUUGUACCUCUGAUUAUUACCCUCGCGCUUGGGAAGCCUAUUUUAUCAUAUUUGACUGACUA